GUUUUUUUUUUUUAAGUUGCCUUUACACAUUCGCUUCUUCUUCUCUCUCACACUCUCUUGUAGCCGCAAAGAAAAAAAAACACAAACCUCCACUAAUAGGUUCCAAUGUGAGAUAAGAGAAUGUGUAACCGGUUGUAGCUGAACCACACAUGGAGAUGAAACAGUUUAAUGAAGAGAUAUUAUCACCAAAGAAAGAGCAGAGUCCUGGAGUAGGAGGAGGAGGAGGACAUGAAGAAGGUGUUCUUACAAAUGCUAAUACAAGUGAGGGAACUUUGACUUCAGUUUCUGGUGGUGAGGAUUUGGAUGUUGAUAUAGUUGUUGAACUUGAUGAAAACAACACAUCCACCACGGAUGAUGAAGGUGAUCCAAACGCUACUGAAUACUCAAGCUCGUUUUCCGACACUUCAUCUGAGGAUGCAGACAUGUUGUGUAGUAAUGGACUAACCGAAGAAGCUGAUGUUGAAUCUCAUUAUUGGGAUGAGACUGACUUAGGACCUGCUUAUGAUUCCUUUAGCAGUGUUUUUCAUUUUAGGAAGAAAAGGCUGACGAAUCACUGGAAGAGCUUUAUAAGGCCACUGAUGUGGAGAUCCAAGUGGCUUGAGCUAAAAAUUAGAGAGUUAGAGACUCAGGCAUUAGAAUAUCCCAAAAAGCUUGAGUCAUUGGAUCAAGAAAAGCUUGGAGCAGCUAAUACUGAUCCAUCUGUGUUGGAGAAUGGGAUGAAGUCGUUGCCUUUUACUAAUCCUUCUUACAAGAGAAGAGCAGCAAAGAGGAGAAGAAAGCGUAAGAAGGUUGAGAGCACUGAUGAUUUAACUUCAUAUAUUUCUCAUCAUAACCUCUUUUCUUAUAUCGAGACAAGGAGAUUGAGCUCAGAUGGAAUGUCAAUGGCUGCUGAUGACUUCGGUGCUGCUAAGGAUCCACGGGUUGAUUCAAAGGACCAAGUAGAUUUAGUUGAUGAUGACUCACUUUUCGACCACCGAGAAGGAGAUAGUGUCUUAGAAGAGGUUCUCUGGAAGAUAGAGCUGGUACAUUCGCAGGUUCUUAGAAUGAAAAGCCAAGUUGAUGUUGUCAUGUCCAAGAACGCAGCAAGAUUCUCUUCCUCAGAGAAUCUGAGCCAUCUUGCUGCAAGUUCAGCACCUAGCCCAACGGUUUCCGCUGGUGGAGAUGUGAUGUCCAUUGGAGCUAAUGCUAUCUACAACUCUUCACAGCAUAUGGCAGACUAUGUUCUUGGAGAUUUAGUGUUCUCAUCAGAAGGAGUGGUUUCUAGCUACGGAGAUGCGUUUCAGAUCCCUGAUAUAAUCGAAAGUACUGUUGGUCUGUUUGCAGAUGCAGAUGUUACAUUACAUCAUACUCAGAUUGGAGACUCUUGUGAAGAUAUUUUGGAUAAUAUCUUGAUUCGAAAUGGAGUGGCUGAAGAGAUGAAUGGUGAUUUGAUGGAAACUAGUAGCCAUGAAGAAGGUGAGAAAGGAGAGGAAGGAGAAGGAACUAAUGUGCCACCAUUGCUGCAAAUUCAAGAAACAGAACAAGAUCACCAAGAAGACAAAUCUUUGGUGCUACAAGAUUCGGUUCUGAGGUCAUGUUUAGCUUCUGAGAUGCUUGUUGUCCCUAGGAAUAAAAGGACUAGAGGUGGAGAACGUAAAGCGAGUUCUUGGUGCAAGAAGCAUCUCAGUGAUCCUGAAAGCCAGUGAUGGCUGGAAGUAAGUAAGCAUCUUAUGAUCAGUCUUUCUUCAUUGUCAAAAACUCAGUAAACUUCUCUUUAGUCUUUUUUUUUUUUUACUUUCUUUUCACAUUGUGUGUGUUUGCAGAACAUGCAACUUUUUUUUUUCAUAUCAUUUUCUUCUUUAGCUUAUUUUCUAUUUUUAUGAUGAUGAAAAAAGUUAGAAAGAAGACACAAGCCUUGUGUAAGCCUUUGAUUACAAGUUACUAUC